AUGGCCUCUGCAUCUUCUGCCGUCCCGUCCGGGAUGGAGGGCUUUGUUGUCGGCCUGAUUGGCAUGGGAGACAUGGGGAAGAUGUAUGCCGACAGGCUGUCUGCCGUCGGCUGGAAGAUCCUGGCCUGCGACAGGGAAGAUAGAUACGAUAGCCUGAAAGAGAAAUACGCAGGAAGAAACAAGAUGGAGAUUUGCCGCAACGGCCACCUCGUGUCCCGCGCCAGCGACUUCAUCAUCUACAGCGUCGAGGCCGCGGUCAUCAACCGCGUCAUUGCCCAGUUUGGCCCUUCCACCAAAAUGGGGGCCAUUGUCGGCGGCCAAACGUCGUGCAAGUCGCCCGAGAUCGCCGCCUUCGAGGCUCACCUGCCGGCCGACGUGUCCAUCGUCUCGUGCCACUCGCUGCACGGGCCGGGCGUCGACCCGCACAACCAGCCGCUGGUGCUCAUCCAGCACCGGGCACCCGACGCGGCGCUGCGGACCGUCGAGACGGUGCUGGGCUGCCUGCGGUCCAAGUUUGUCCACCUGACGGCGCAGGAGCACGACCGCAUCACGGCCGACACGCAGGCCGUCACGCACGCCGCCUUCCUGUCCAUGGGCAAGGCGUGGCACGCCAACCGCCAGUUCCCCUGGGAGCUCAGCCGCUACGUCGGCGGCAUCGAAAACGUAAAGAUCAACACCAUGCUGCGCAUCUACGGCCAAAAGUGGCACGUCUACGCCGGCCUCGCCAUCCUCAACCCCGAGGCCCGCAAGCAGGUCGCCCAGUACGCCGAGAGCGUCACGGCCCUCUACAAGCUCAUGCUCGAGGGCGACCUCGACGGCCUGCGCGAGCGCGUCCACGCCGCCCGCGACAAGGUCUUUGGCCCCGCCACCGGCCGCCCGCUCAUUGAGCCGUCGAUCCUCUCGUCCUUUUCCCUCGGCGUCCCGGCCGACGCCCCCGCCCGCCCCAACAACCACCUCUCGCUGCUCGCCAUGGUCGACUGCUGGGCCGCCCUCGGCAUCGUCCCCUACGACCACAUGCUCUGCAGCACCCCGCUCUUCCGCCUGCGCCUCGGCGUCACCGAGCACCUCUUCCGCAACGCCGCCCUGCUCGACGAGGCCCUGCGAACCGCCGUCGACGAUAAGAUGUACCGCAGCGACGACCUCGAGUUCACCUUUGCCGCCCGCGGCUGGGCAGAGUGUGUUACCCUCGGCCAUUUUGAGACGUGGGAGAAGCGCUUCGUCAGCACCCAGGAGUUUUUCCAGCCGCGCUUUGCCGAGGCCAAGCUCGUCGGCGACCAGAUGAUGAAGAAGGUGCUGGAGAGCUCCAGGGACAGUUACGACUAG